AUGUUGUCCAUAUUUACUAUUUUGGAUGCUUUUCUCAUUAAGUCAUCAUAUAUUAUAUCAGUGAAGCUUCUAUGGAGGGGUGAAGAAUGCUGGACUGAGUUUUUGAAUCUUCUAAAUGUUGCAGAAGCUGCUGCCACGGCAGCUUCUAGUCCUCACUUUCCACUCAACACUACUGAUUUCAUUGUUCGAAGAACGGGCAUAUUGAGACCAGCUGUUAGUGAAAAGAUUUUGGAUGUCAUGCAUCAAAAUGCUCAAAAUUGUCUAGCAAGUUGUCCAAUACAGGCCGUUAAUGAAGUUGCUGCAAGAGAGCUUAUACCAAAUUUAUCUACGCCUUUGAACAGAGCCUUCUUUAUGCCUAAAGCUGUGAAUGUUAAUCCCCACCACUAUCUUAAGGCACUUUUUCUUGCAAGUGAACAUUUGGCCAAGAGGUUGUCAUCAACAGGUUUCCCUGGCAAGGAAAUAGCUUUGCACAAGAAAGUUGUCACUUCACUAAGUGAAGUGGGAGGUUAUUUCUCAUUCUGUCUUUAAACGAGCGAUAGAGUGUGCCUUCCAUUGAGCUGACUGGCUGCAGUUUGUUCAUCCAGAUGAAUAUGAUGUUGUGAUAGUUUGUCUUGGGGCUAGAGUUGACAUGCUAGCUGACCUGUCUGGAAUGCUUCCUUUAAGGACAUGCAGAGGCAUUGUUGCACACCUGCAGUUGAAUGAUCCCUUGUGGUAAGAAUUUAACAAGUUUUAGUUUCAAGCA